AUGACGGCCAGUCAGGAUAUCUUCGUGGCCUUUACAGUGAAGCCAAUCCCUGCGACUACGAUUCUUGCUCUCGGUCUACUCCUCGUGAUUGCUUCGACAGGCUUGAGACUACUCUACCUUGCGUGUUAUCAUCCCCUCGCGCGCUAUCCAGGUCCAAUUCUCUCUCGAUUCACAGACCUUCGAGCUGCCUAUCAUGGGCUACGCGGUGACAUUCACCUUGACAUGCACCAAUGUCACUUGCGCUAUGGAGACUAUGUUCGUUACGGCCCGAACAAACUGCUUAUCAACGACCCCACCGUCAUGAACGAGAUCUAUGGCUACAGGAAAAAUGUGCAGAAGUCGCAGUCCUACAUGCCCCUAGUGCCAGGGGGAAAGGGUUGGUCGGUCCUGACGUGCAUCGACAAGGAUCUACAUCGGACCAAACGUCGUCUGCUCGCCAUGGGCUUCAGUGAUGCCUCCCUCAAAACAUUCGAGCCUCGAAUGCUUGAGCACAUGAGGGUACUUCGAUCCAAGCUGGAUUCGGGGUCCGCAACUGACGCUCACGGGUGGUCCACCCCAAAAGAAAUGAGCGACCUCUGCAGAUGGAUGACCUUUGAUGUCACGGCGGACCUGGCAUUCGGCGAGUCACCUCAGCUUCAGAACAGCCAGGAGAACAGAUUUCUCGUGGACUGCAUCAAUGUGUACUCUUGGAGGAUGGGAUGCUAUUACGAGCUGCCGGCCCUGAUGUACCUUGACUUCCUACUACUCGCGUAUCUCUGGACUCAAGGCAAGCUCAGGCCGCUCGCCAAGUUCUUGAAAUGGAAGCGCACUUUCGGCAGCAAGAUCAUGUUGAAGGAAGGGGGUACCAAAAGGGGCAUAUUCUCACUGGUAUUGAAUGCUGAGGGAGCUAACCGAUUCACUGAAAAUGAGGUGUGGGCCGAGGGCAUAUUCCUCAUGCUGGCAGGCUCCGACACCUCUUCGACUGCGAUAUGUGCCCUCCUAUUCUACUUGUCGCGCUAUCCUGCAAUUUACGAGCGGCUUGCACAGGAGAUUCGACAGCGAUUCGCCAAAGUGGACGAUAUCUGCAUCGCCAAUACCUCGUCCUGUCAUUAUCUACAAGCCUGUAUCACGGAGACUCUACGCAUGGCACCACCCACUUCUGCGGCUCCUUGGCGCGAGAUUCUACUUGGAGGCCUGCAACUCGGUAACCACUACAUUCCUGCGAAAUGUGAUGUGGGCGCCAGCAUCUACGCCACACACCACAAUAAGGACUAUUUUCAAGAUCCAUUCACGUUCGACCCUGAGCGCUGGAUCGCCUCGGAUCAAAAACAGCUCGAUCGCUUAUACAUGGCCUACAACCCCUUCUCCCUUGGUCCAAGAGGAUGUGCUGGACGAUCGAUAGCAUUUGCGGAAAUAGCAAUCUUCGUCGCACAGGUCUUGCUGGAGUUCGAUUUCAGAGCACCUCCUGGGACAGCUGGUCUUGUUGGGUGUGGUGGGCCGGAGAAGCGGGCUGGUAGACGGAAUCCGAUGGAGUUCCAGUUGGAGUCGCAUGUUACGGCUCUGACUGAAGGACCGGAACUGCAGUUUCGGAGGAGAUCAUGA